AUGAUUGGAUCACUCCCUACUAUAUUACAAUCAGAUAAUGGCAAGGAAUUCAUAGCACAAGUCAUCAAAGAAUUAAUCACGCUAUGGCCAUCAGUGAAGAUAAUAAAUGGGUGCCCAAGACACCCCCAGUCGCAAGGCUUAGUGGAACGUGCCAAUGGAAUUUUGGAACAAAAGCUUGACAAAUGGAGAGAAACUACUG